AUGGAGUUUCUUGUUGCUGAUGCGGAGCGCAUGUAUACGGAGAACGGCCGGCUGCAGCACCUCUCGCACUGGUCGUACAAGAUCCUGGCGCGAAGUUUUUUGGCGAGCUACCAGAAUUUCCCGCUGCUGCCCUCGAACCACGCCGCGCAAAACUUUACCCGAGGCGCCGGUUACAUCGACUUUUGUACGUGGCACCGCUACUCAGACUUCGAGUGGCUGGCGACGCAGAUGGAGUUGGAGUUCCCCGGUGUGCUGUUCCCGCCGAUCCCACCGAAGGAGACGGACGGGACGAUGGACAAGUUUACGGAACUGCUGUCCAACCCGAAGGAGAACGGCGCCUCCACGGAAAAUCCUCUUGUGAAGAAACGCAUGCGGCAGCUACAGUUAGCCCUCAACGCCAUCUCGUGUCUGCACGAGCUUCAUGAGUCGCCGCUGCUGAAAGCCUUUGCCACGUUUGACGAACUCGCAUGGCGCAUGUUUCGCGAUGAACGACAGAAGCAGUACAAAAAGUCUUUUUUUUCCACCGUGAAAUCGAAAGGACUCAAUCUGAUUUCAAAGCUGCGCUCAAUUGGUGAGCCGAGCGAUCACGAUGACGUGGCGGAGUCUCCCCUUGCCGUCAUCGAAACGCGGCAGAGUGACCUGGCCGAUCUCCUACACACGUGCUUUGCGCAGGUGGAGCACAUCACGAAGUACUGUGUCAGUGAACUCCGUCAGUGGAGUGACGUGAAUGAAUUGCGUAAAUCCAUGCAGGGGUCGCCUUUGCCGUGGACAGCCUGCUACUGCGGCCACCUGGUCCAGCAUGCCCAGCAUCCCGAGAUGGAAGGCGUGGUGCGAAGCGUAAACGACGACAACGCUGUAGUAGAGUGGGACGGCCAAAAUGGAGAGUUGACAACAGUGCGGCUGGAGGAGUUGAAUUAUCCCUCGUCUGGAAUAAGUGAUCCAGCGAUAUUUGCGUUGCAAGAGCUCACAGCUCAAAUAGAGUCUUACUGCAUGUACGUGAGUCGUUCAGCCGGGGUCACCACGUUGACGGAGGUGGAGGACAUGCUGUGGUUUCUCUCCAGCUAUGCGACUCGCUGCGUGCACGUGAUCAAACGCUUCAAGGAAUUGAGUGCCGAGGUGCAGUCUCUCACACGGGCAACGGAGAAAAAACCGAGCGCGGACAAGUUUGAACGGCUUGAACAGGUGAAGCAGAAACUGUCGAAGGGAACAGCACGGUUUACAGAUGAGUACAACGGCUUUUAUCGGGUGCUUUUGCGGAACUCGCUUCUGGAGGUGUCGCGCAAGUUCGGAAAGGUGAUGACGGUGAUAAUGUCUGACGAGGAGUGGGAUAAGCGACUCUCGGUGGCCAACGCGAUGCUAACACCUGCCUUUUCGCUUCCACCGGAGGAUGUGCGGGGGGUGUCCGCAGCGAAUGCGAAGAAAAGUUCCUCUACACCUGGGAAUUUCGUGAAGGUGGUUGGGGGCUAA